AUGUCUUUUAUGGGCUUUGCCGGUACUCUAGGUGCCGAAUGGUGUGACUAUUUGCUUGCAGACACCACUGCCAUCCCACCCGAAACCUUACGACCUUGGCGUGGCAACCUCACCGUCGGCGACGUCUUUGAGGACAAGACCGAAGAAGGCGAUGGGGACUGGAUGUAUUCGGAGAACGUCAUAUACUGUAAAGACACGUUCUUCUGCUGCGACCACGCACAGUCUAGCGACCCCGACGAACACAAGGUUUCGUGGGAAGAGGAGCAGCGGCGGCGCUGGAGGAUGCGCAAAGAACUCUUUCCCGAUUUGCCUGAUGAUACCAUCAUUAUGGGAAAUUUUAAUCAGCUAUACAAGAUUGAUCCCACAACAUUCCGUACGUGGUUGCGCAUCCUCUCAAAAGUGGACAAUGCUAUCCUAUGGCUUUUGCGAUUUCCUGAACUUGGAGAGACGAAUCUCAGGAGAACAGCAGAAGCCUGGGCGGGAGAAGAAGUGGCCAAACGAGUUCUCUUCACCGACGUGGCACCCAAGAAUCAGCAUAUAUCGCGAGCCCGUGUCUGCGACUUGUUUCUCGACACUCCCGAGUGUAACGCGCACACUACGGCCGCAGAUGUUCUGUGGUCCAGCACACCACUUCUGACAUUACCGCGAUAUCCAUACAAGAUGUGCUCGCGCAUGGCAGCAUCAAUAUUGAAGGGCGCAUUGCCCAACAGCCCUGAGGGAACCCAGGCGGCGGAAGACCUCAUUGCUAGUAGUGAAGAAGAGUACGAAGAGUUCGCCGUCCGACUGGCCAAGGGUCUUUCGUAUCGUUUGAGCCACAGCGGCUAUGGCGAGGGCCAGGGUCGUCUGGCAGUUUUGCGCAAAUUGCUUUGGGAUAACAAGUGGACCUGCGCCCUCUUCAACACCAGACGGUGGGUGGCCGACCUGGAGAGUGCUUAUGAUGAGGCAUGGCGACGUUGGGUGGCAGGUGAAACCGGAGACAUUUACCUGUAA